UGUAAUCUGUGUUCUCGCUCUAUUCCAUCUUUUGUACUCUUGUUGAUUGUAGAAUAAGGUUGUGUUCUUAGAUCUGGUGUGGUGUAAUUCAUUUCUUUCACUAUAUUUAGGAAAUACUUGGUGGUGGGAUUCUCUAUUAGAUUCCCCGUUCUUUAAAUUACCCAUAAAAUUGAUACUGAUUACGGCAUAAAUAUGAACAAUACAGAUGGUGUUUGGAUUACCAGAAAAAUUUAUGAAGAUGCAGAAGUUACCCAUUUCGAAAAUUUGGCAAAAGCCGCUCUAACCCCCCUGGCUGGUGAGGUAGCCAAAGCACGCCAACGAUUAAUCGAAAGUAGGGAUACUUUUACUUCUAGUCUAGCGUCAAUUGACAUCGGAGCCAUCAAAUUUAUAGAGAAGAAAGUUGUAGAAUUCGAAAAAUGUGAGUAUAUGUAUGCGUUUAUGAUUUCAAAAUAUUUAUUAUUUAUUUCAGAACCAGCUUUGAUUGCAAAAUCAAACAUAAUUCUUGAUGUUAAGCCUUGGGAUGAUGAGACUGACAUGAAAGCAAUGGAAGAAAACGUGAGAAAAAUUGAAGCAGAUGGUCUUUUGUGGGGUGCUGCAAAACUGGUACCUCUUGCUUAUGGUAUUAAAAAAUUACAAAUUUCUUGUGUUGUGGAAGAUGAUAAAGUAUCCAUUGAUUGGCUGACUGAAACACUGCAAGAGCUCGAAGAAUAUGUGCAAAGUGUGGACAUUGCUGCCUUCAACAAAAUCUAAUAAUUGAUAAGUUUGUUUCAUUAUUAUAUUUUGGAACUGUUUGAAAUACAUUUAUAUUUUCAAUGUA